UCGCUUUGAGGCUGCAUGGGAUAGCUCUCUCCACAACUCACAUUUACUGAACAAAGUCACUGCCUCUGGGGACAGAAUUUACAUGACUCUCUCAGCCUACAUUGAGGUGGAAAACUGUCAGCAACCUGCUUGUAUUACCAAAGAUUUAAGUAUUGUUAUCCAUUCAAGAGACACAAAAAUAACUAACUCCAGGACUUUCAGGAGUUUAUUUGGAGGUAGCAAGUCUCUGGAUGCUAACCGUGUGAGCGGUAUUUACGAGUUGUUCCUGCGGCGGGCCUCAGAAUCAGGUAGUCCAGGUGCCCAGAGAAGACAGAGGCGGGUGCUGGAUACCUCCUCUACCUACGUGAGGGGGGAGGAGAACCUCAAUGGAUGGAGGCCCCGGGGGGACUCACUUAUAUUUGACCAUCAGUGGGAGCUGGAGAAACUCACCAGGCUAGAACUGGUGGAGAAAUCUCGUCAUGUGUUGCUUCUGAGAGAGAAACUUGCUGAACAGAACAAGACAAAUGAACUCAGUAAACUAGACAAAGAAGCCUCAAAUAAGUCCGUAAAAGCCAAACACGAUCAGGAGAAAGAGGAAAUCCUAAAUAAAACAGAGAAUUCCGAAGAAAAAUCCAUAGAGAAGUGGGAGAAGGAUGACGCUACAGAGAAGUAUGAGAGACAAGGACAAGGUGUGUACAAUUUUACAACGGACGGAAGCCGAGAGCAGGAACUGACAGCUAAAUGUCUGAGGCUUAUUCUGCAAGGGAAAAUACUGCUGACUCCUCCUUCUCUUAAGCCCUCCUCCGUGAUGACCGAGUCCCUUUUCAGUAACACCACCACAGACAGUGAGGAGAACCUGACCCCUAGUGACCAGUCUAUGAUCACAAGCAUUGCCAGCUCCUCAGCUUCAGAUUUAUGCAGACAUGCUAACCCCCCUCCUCCCAGUAUCCAGGUAUCCAAGUCAUGUGACAGUCUGACUACCAGCACUAACUCCGACCUUAGUGACCGAAAGUUCUCCCUCCCAAUCAAACCCCCCGAAUCAAACGCUGACGACGACAAUUACAUUCCCCUGGUGGACGAGGUGAGAGUCAGCCCUGUCGUGUCCAGGAAAGGAUACCUCAACUUCCUGGAGGAGAAACACACUGGAUGGGUCAAGAAAUAUGUGGUUGUACGCAGACCAUAUAUAUACAUCUAUAAUUCUGAGAAGGACCCAGUGGAGCGAGCCAUCAUUAACCUGGCUACAGCUCAGAUUGAAUACAGUGAAGAUCAGCAGUCACUGCUAAAGGUAAGGAACACUUUCUCUGUGCUGACAAAACACCGAGGAUUCCUGAUGCAGACCCUGGAUGAUAAAGAUUUCCAUGACUGGUUGUAUGCUCUGAAUCCUCUCCUGGCAGGACAAAUUAGAUCAACCUUGUCAAGGAGGAAGCUGCCAAUGAAUAUAUAAAAAAAAGGGGAAAGAAUGAAAGUACAUUCAGCAUAUGCUUGAACAGGCAUUCAUCUCACUCACCAAAUAAUAAAAGAUAGAAUUUACAGACUGGAGGAUUAGAUCUGAAAGGAGCAGACAACUCAUGACUUUUUUGUUGUGUUUACCCUGUUACGUUUGUGUAUGUAUGGGGAGACAGUCUUAAUUUAGAUCUUCUGAUGUAUUAUUCCUCCCAGAAGGCUACAAAAUGGAGAGAUUUGUUAAUUAGUGUUUACAGCACUGUUGUGAUAUGAACAAGGAUAUUUGUUAUUUAUUGAAAGUAUUUUUUGUUGUCGAUGGUGUUACAUGUACAUGUAUUUCAUUCUUUAUCUAUAUACAUGUAUAGGUAUAUUGUUAUCAUUGUAAUAUCAUUCAUAUUAGACCUUCACUUUCCAGCAGGAAAGACAUCUCAUGACACUGGUAAAAUUAAUUUGUAAGAGGAGAAA